GGCGUUGUUGGUCUGAGAAAUCUUGGGAAUACCUGCUUUCUUAACAGUAGUUUGCAGUGUUUGAGUGCUACUAUUCCACUCACCGACUACUUUUUGGGUUACGACUACCGAUCCGAAAUCAACCAGCACAACGUUUUGGGAACGGGGGGUAAACUGGCGACGGCCUACGCGGAACUCAUGAAAGAGCUCUGGUUACAGGCGGCCCCCGUUAGCGGCUACACCAAAAUAUCAGCACGAGUAGUCAAACCGACGCGAUUCAAAAGCAGUCUCGAGAGUUUCGCCCCACAGUUUCUCGGUACGUCGCAACACGAUGCCCAAGAAUUGCUGUCCUUUUUAUUGGACGGUAUUCACGAGGACUUGAAUCGCAUUCCUAAGAAGCCAUAUAUUGAAGAUCGAGAUUGCGACGGCACUCAUGAUGAGCGUGAUGCGAUUGAAGCUUGGAAAAACUACCUGCGCCGCGACAAGUCCCUGGUGGUGGACAUUUUUCAAGGUCAACUGCGCAAUACCUUGACGUGCUUGACCUGCCGGCACGUCAACGUGCGCUUCGAACCCUUCAUGUACCUCUCACUCCCAUUGAACGACGACAGCCACACUCUCGAUGAUUGUCUGCGCCUCUAUUUAGCGGAAGAACGAUUAGUUAGAGAGAAUCAAUGGUACUGCAGCGUUUGUCAAACGCACCGGGACGCUACGAAAAAGACCGACUUGUGGAUCGUUCCAGCUAUUUUGAUUGUCCAUCUCAAACGCUUUAAGUUCAACGAAUACGGUCAGCUAGGCUCGAAAAACAAUGCUUGUAUUAGGUAUCCCGUGGGUGACUCAUGGGAUUUGUCCGGAGUGGUAUGCAGUCGGGGGAGCGAAGAACCCCUCUACGAUUUGUACGCAGUUUCAAACCACGUCGGGGAUCUGGGUGGGGGACACUAUACGGCAUAUUCACUCAAUCGCUUCGACGACCACUGGUACGAAUUUAACGAUACCACUUGUCGCAAGAUCGAUGAUCGAACGCUCCAAGGCAAUUCAUCGUCGGCCUAUUUAUUAUUUUACAAUCGC